UAUAUAUAUUAUGUAGCUAAUAAAAUAUGGCUUAGUCGUUAAAGAAAAGCGCAAAAACCCGUUUCUCUCUGAGAAGUAUUUGUCUCGUUUGCACAAAGAAAGAGAGAAUGGAAAAGAAAGAAAAAAUCAGCAAUGGCGGUAGCAGUAAUAAUAAAGAAGGAAUAGAGACGAGUAAUCAAAACACACCAGUAUGGUUAUUGAAAUGUCCUCCGAUUGUUUCUCGUUCUUGGAUGUCUCAAUCCAUAACCACCAACAACACCAUCGUUUCUGACGAUCUUACUGCUUCUGCACCUCAUCCGAAUUCUUCUCACUAUCUUGCUAAGCUCACUCUUUCUAUUGACCCUCUGGCUUCUGACGAGGAUCCUUUAUCUCGUCAGUUCACAAUGGAAAUGGCUAAAAACGAUUCUGAGAAUGCACCAAAGUGUUACUCUUUGGACAUGCAUAAGGAAUUCAUUCCAAUGUGUGUCUUUUCUCAGAUGAAAGAAGGUAAGAUUGCGGUGGAGGGUAAAGUGCUGCAGAAAUUUGACAUGAAGCCCCAUUCCGAAAGUAUCCAGGACUAUAGUAGGCUUUGUCGUGAACGAACAAACAAAUAUAUGGUUAAAACUAGACAAGUGAAGGUUAUCGAAAAUGAUCGUGGGGAACAUAUGAUGCCUAAGCCUGCGAUGUUUAGUCACAUGCCCUCUAAUCCCAAGAUCAAAUUGGUGCCAAACAAAGUGCCAGAUGGAAGAAGAUCAAGAAGGGAUCGUGUGGAAAUGGAGGGUAUAAUGUUUAAGCUUUUUGAAAGGCAACCAAACUGGACACUCAGGCAGUUGAUCCAGGAGACGGACCAACCUGAGCAAUUCCUGAAAGAUAUACUUAAAGAACUAUGUAUCUACAACAACAGAGGAACAAACCAAGGAAGCUAUGAGCUAAAGCCAGAGUAUAGGCGGUCAGUCAAGGAGGAACAACCCAAUCAAUAACCCAAGAAUCCUAGUUAACUAUAUUGACAUGAUAGACAGCUGAUGGUCUUUGUUCUUUUCUUUAGUCUGUGAAAGGUUCAAUUUUGCAACCACGGGUAGGACAUUUCUUGUCUCAGAAUUGAAUAAGUUUCCGUACUAUGACAUGGUGCUUCUAAGUAUAUGUCGUUGUUUCAGAGCAUCAGGGAUGUUUUCUUCAUACACAAUUUUGAGCGUCUGUGUGCAUCUAUCCACAGGAAUUAGAAAAGCUGGUGCACAGCUGCUCCAGGUUUGAAUCAACACAAAAUUCAGAUGUAAAAAAAGAAAAAAAAAACAUUGAUAAGAAAACUUGAGAUUAAAAAUAGAGGGGAUGGUUACGUUGCUUAAA